AUGCUUAACUUCAGGACCAGGGUUUGGUUGGAUGUGUUCAGGAAUGCCCCCACUCGCCCUGCCCGGAAUGCCAAACUAGAACUGGCAUGGGAGGCCUUCGGCGAUCCCCUUUUCCCUACGGAGUACGCCGAGUACGUGGCCAACCGGGAAAACAUCGACCAAAUGGCCUCCCUCAAAGCUACUCUACUAUGCAUCGCCUUUGGCUUUGCCACCACUUCCGCCGCUCCUGUUGCCCAGGAGUUUGAGCCCCCCGGAAAAGAGUGCUGGAGCAACGCCGACUGCUACCGCGCCUAUUUCUGCUCGUUCCCAUUCGAGGGAAAGCCGGGCACGUGCACAUACGGCUAA